ACUCUUUUUCUCCGUAGCGGCCGUUUCUUUCUUGACAUUUUGCUUUGGUUGCUGGGAAAAUGCUACAUCCGGACGAUGAUGUCUUACCUGCGCCAGGUGUAUCAGAUGACAGAGGGACGUAUGUGCCAGGUUCAGCUUCUGGACAACAGAAAACUGGAGCUGCUGGUUCAGCCGAAGCUGUUGUCCCGUGAGCUUCUGGAUUUAGUCUCGUCUCACUUCAACCUGAAAGAGAAAGAGUACUUCGGCUUCACGUUCGUCGACGACACUGGUCAGUGUAGAUGGCUGCAGUUGGACCGCCGAGUAUUGGAACAUGACUUUUCCAAGAAGACUGGACCCAUCGCUCUCAACUUCCUGGUUCGGUUUUACAUUGAGACCAUCUCUCUGCUGAAAGAGCACACGACUGUGGAGCUGUUCUUUCUCAACGCUAAAACCGGCAUCUAUAAUGGUGACAUUGAGGUGGAGAGUGAACUAGUUUUUAAAUUGGCUGCUCACGCUCUGCAGGAAGCUAAAGGAGAUUAUACAAGUGAUGGGGCCACCAGAGAGGAUUUAAAGAAACUCCCAACUUUACCAACGAAAGUGCUGAAGGAGCAUCCGUCUCUGGCGUACUGUGAGGAGAGAGUGAUUGAGCAGUAUAAGCUGUUGAAGGGUGUUUCCAGAGGACAGGCCAUAGUACAGUAUUUAACGCUGGUCGAGUCACUGCCUACAUACGGAGUGCACUAUUAUGAAGUGAAGGACAAACAGGGCAUGCCGUGGUGGCUCGGGAUCAGCUACAGGGGAAUCGGUCAAUAUGACAUUCAGGAUAAAGUCAAACCUCGACGGUUGUUCCAGUGGAAGCAGUUGGAGAAUCUGUACUUUAGAGAGAAGAAGUUUGCAGUGGAGGUGAACGAUCCUCACAGGAGAGCAGUGACCAAGCGUACGUUCGGACAGACAGGUUUAGUGAUCUAUACGUGGUACGCUAGUCACUCUCUGAUCAAAACCAUCUGGGUGAUGGCCAUCAGUCAGCAUCAGUUCUACCUCGAUCGAAAACAGAGCAAGGCGAAAAUGACAGCAGCCAGAAGUUUAGGAGAUAUCGCCGUAGACCUGACGGAAAACAGCGCUGCUAAAACCACUAAACUUAACGUGGGAAUUAAAAACCAGGUCAUCAUGGCCAGCAACGGGAGCCUGGUCUCAACCGGUUCUGCAGACUCCGAGAUGAACGAUGAGCAGAAAAAAGAGAAGCUAGCUGAAUUAAGGGUGAAGGAGAAAGAAAUCCAGGCUGUUCUGAGCAAGAAAAUGGCUGAGCUGAAAGAGAUAUGUCUGAGGGAAGCGGAGCUGACUGGGAAACUUCCUAAAGAGUAUCCAAUGAGUGCAGGGGAAAAACCUCCUGGCAUCAGGAGGAGAAUCGGCACUUCCUUUAAACUGGACGAGCUUUUCCCUUAUAACGAGGAUCCGUACCUGAGGAACCUGGAGAGUCGUUUUGCUCUGCAGCGGAAGAUUGUGGAAGCGGCGAAAAAGCUGGCAUCUGAACCCGAAAUCGGCAAAACGGUGAAGAAGAAACGUAGGAGGAACUGCCUGGAUGCCAUGCAGAAGCUUCAGGAGAUCGAGGAUGAGAUGAACCGCUACCGUGUGAAGAAGGGCAAGAGACCCACGCAAAGAGCCUCACGGAUCAUCGCUGAAGAACUGGGUCAGUCAGAAUGCAGCUCUCUUUCUGACAGCCUUCCUCUGGAUGACAGUGAUGUUAGUCAGAGACGGCGAUCUCGCUCCCUGCAGUGCUCUCCGUUACUCAGUGCUCCUCCUCCGGUCAACCUGGACUAUGAUACGCAGAGACGAUCCUCUGAGAGUGACACGCACCAAGACACUGUGCUAAGCAGAUUGGAGUGUGAUGGUCAGUCUGGUUUGUACUACACCUCUCAUGACGCCUCCUCGGCCAGCAGCAGUCCGUAUAAAACUGUUCCUCGCAGGCAGGCGGAGCUUCAAAAUGUCACACAAACCCUCGCUCUGACCCGUAAUGCCUAUAGCAGCAGCCAGCUCGGGUCUGAGGGUCCGGCCCAAGCGUUCCGACAUCGCAGUGGAAGCCUGGAGUCUCAGUCUCAUUUCCUCUGUUAUUCCGGUUCUGAGAGAUCCGUUUUUCCAGGUCGCCGCAGCAACAGCACCGAGGUCCUGGACGAUUGUUCGUCUUGCGCGAGUGUAUCCAGUGCUGAUUUUGGUCCGCCGUGUCCUUCUACUCCUCCGUACCUCAUCCCUUCUUCGCUCCAUCACCAACACAGCACGGGGAGCAUGCCAAACCUAGUGCCUCACCCCACACACACUCACACACACACACACACUCGUACACCAUACAGUCCUGCUGCAUAUUACGUGCCUGGCUAUGCCACUGCUGACUAUGAGCCCUACACUAAUCCCAGUGCUAGUGGUGCUUAUGUAUACGAGAAUGAACUUGAAGGACACUACAAUGUUAACCCCUCCUACCAUGUGCAUGGGUACCAUGGAAACGAGCGCAGCAAGAACUACGGGAUGCUGCACAAUCCCUAUGCAACCUUAAGACCUCCAAGGGGCAGGAAUGAACUUUUGGCAAAAAGCAUGCAAAAAGCAUUAGUGGUAGAACAUCUGAGAGGCUGGUACAACCGCAACACUGCAGGACGGAGGCCCAUCUAUGGCUUUGAAUAUGACAGAGGCUACCAACAUCAACUGGGCUAUCAAACACUACCAGCUCCAUUUAGCAGAUCCAGCAGGACCAGCUCUUAUUCAUCAGUGAGCUCUACAGCUAGUGGAGGGACAAACUGGCACACUAAUGCAGAUUUGGUGCGCAGUGAGAGUGAAGUGGAUGGAGACGUGACACCAACAUCCCAAAAGACCUUUGCUGGAGCCUACAGUCCCACUCGUAGCAGGUUUCCUGCUGAAUGCAGUCCGUCAAGGCGUGCUGAUUCUCUCCCGCACACUUCGGAAUGUGGUGAAGUGUUCAGCAACGAUACAGAGAUACAUUAGACAACACAACAGGACAGGAGGACCAAAUUACUAAAACAGCAGAACAGCACAGAAGGAGGUGAAGUUUCUUCACCUGUUUCAAGGAAAAAGCAGAAAAGGGAUUUUUUAUUGUGCCUUGGAAGUUCAUUAAGAGGGGUUUUAAUCAGAGUGUGAUGUUAUGGAAAAAUGCUGAUACAUAAAAUAAUCAAGACAAAAAAUUCGGAAGGGUUCAUUUUAAAAACCCUUCAUCUAAACGAGUAUGAUCAGAUGUGUUGGUCCUUACUGACGCUUGUAUUACAGAUAUAACUGAGUAAGCCCCGCCUCUUUUUUACAAAUCUGUUUGCCAAAUAGCAAUCGUUUCUGAACCCAGGCUGCCGGCAGCCAAACAAAGACAAGGUGAAUGCAAGUGGCAGUAACUGUGUCUCAAGUCUGGAGUUUAUAUUGUGAGCUCUGGGAGAAGAUAAUGUGUAGAUGAUUUACCAGAACUCCAGGAAAUGAGGUGUGCUCUAUAUAGCAGAAGGAAGCAGAGAAAGGCCUUCAAAAUGGCUGAAAACACACUGAGCGAGAUUGUUGAAACAAAACUAACAAAUUAGGAGAGAGGAUAUUUGACCAGCCAUUUUGUUUUCUUUAUCCUCUCUGAAGGCUCAACGAUCUAUUUGCAUUUAGCACUAAAUGUUAGCGUUUGGUUAAUGUUGACAAAGUAAUGCCAAAACAAAUGAGAAUUAAUCUACUUAAUCUUGGGAAAACAGUAAAAAAGACACAAACAUUGUAAAACUUAAUUUGGUGUAAAAAAAAAAAAAAAAAAGAGACACAUGCUAAAGUUUAAUAUCACUUUUAUGGGUUACAGAAUUGUCUUGCAAAGGUCCUCAGGAGCCACGGUCUACUUAGGCAGACUCUUCCCUGGGAGAGCUCGGUGAUUAUCACAGUAUAUCCUAUGACAAUUAUCGGUGGGGAGAUUUUGUGGUUUUUUUUUGGUGAAAAUAAUAAAAUCUAGCCAUAAUAAAUCAAGCUGCCUUUUUACACUCUGUGUUUUAAUCCUAUAGCACUGUUUUGUUUUUUUUUGAUGAAUGAAUGUUAUUAAAUUAGAAGAAUUAUUAAUAUUCUCUUACAGUCAGUACAAAAGCAAACUGAAGUCUGAAAGAAAAAAAGAAAAAAAACAACAAAGACUUGACGAAAACGGUCCAACACUCUGAGAGCACAACCGAAUAUCAACAGUUAUCUGUAAUAUAAUGUAAUAUAAUGUUCUUCAUAGUACUCAAGCUCGGAAAAUGUAUAUAUAUUUAAAAAAAAAAUCUGAUUUGUUUCUAAUAACUGAUAAAAUACUGUACGAAGCAGUGCUUUGGUUGUGCACUCAGUCCUUUAGACCCUAAAUAAGCAAAUUAAAAGAAAAUAAUUUAGACCCGAAACCUGUUCUCUUCUUCAUAUUGCACACGAUAAAGAAAAAAUAAAAAAAUUAAGAAAGAAUCAUUGAUGUUUGAGAACUGAUUACGUGACAAUGUUCUUUACUCGGAACUGCAUUACUACAAAACCGUGAAUGAACAAAAUAAUGACACUUUUUCCUCAGAAAAAAAGUUUCAGUGUUUUAAAAUGAUUUUAGUGCCUUCAUUAAGAAAAGAUCUUUGGCAUCUCUAUUAAACACAUCCUCAUGCUGAUUCACAAGGACAGAGACUAAGGGCCUUUUUACACCUGGACACUUCAUGUGUUGUCUCUGAUCCGAUAGCUAUCUGAUUUGUUAAAACUGUUCCAUUUACAUUAGGCCACAUAAAUGCGAAUCGGAUAUCGAUCCUUAUAUUUCUACUCCCGCCCAAAAUGCAAAUAUAUUUGACCUCAUUUCCGGGGUAACUGAAACGGAACACGCUUUGGUGUGUGCGGUUUUCAGAAUGCAAUCAAAAAGAAGAUGAAAAAACUGGUUACAGCAGUUAUGCUACAAAAAAACAGCGUUUACUGUUUGCUGCAUUUUCGCUGGCGGCAGCAGCGCAUUUUAAGACCCGACGAGACGCCUGGGUGAAAGAUCACCUGAGUGACGUACUUCCGUUUGGGAGGAGUAUAGCGCUGACGUAUGUGGCUUGAACGACCACAUUCAUUUACACCUGUCCAGUUUCAUCUGAAAUGCGUCCCAGACCACCUCCUGAAGGGGUUUGAACCAUCGGAUUUAUAUUCGUCUCGAAAAUGUUUCGGAGGGCAUUUAGACCUGGUCUUUUUACCAUCGGAUAGCUAUCUGAUCACAGAAAACGCAUGAAGUGACCAGGUGUAAAAAGGCCCACUGAGCACAAAAAACUCAUAAAGCUAAAAAAAAAAAAAAAAAAAAUUUAGCCACAGCUGAUAGAAAACUUAGCUCUUGCUUACUAUUAUUUAAUAUUUUUAUUGGCAUAGAAGUGAUUCAAAAUAACUUCCACUUCUGUUUUUUAGACUUUACCUUGAUCAUUCAUUUGGUGUUCUCAUCAUUCUGUGCUCGUGGCCUUUUAUGGUGUUUUAUGGCCGUCGCGGAAAACGCUUAGCACCUCACGAGAGAUCGGUAUAUUGACACCAGUAUGAAGAAAAAAUAAUCAGCUUUUCUGAAUUCCAAGAUUCUAAAACGAGGCAGAACGCGUGCCGUAAUAUUAAUAGUAUAAAUCGGCUUACAAUUACUAUUAAUCUUUAUCAAAGAAAAAUAAGAUUGAAUUAAUAUGCUAGAGAAAAUGAAUCAAAGUUAAUCAACCGACCAAUCGGAUUAGAGAAAUCGUUGCUGUGGUGUAACAGUUAAGAUUGUUAACCAAGUAUUAAUAAUAAUUUUUAUUAUAAUAAUAAGAAGACAAUGAAAAAGUAGAAAGAAGUGCACUUACUAAUCAUUUUAAACUUUAUUAUAAUAUGCUACGUUUUUUGUGACUUUGUCAUAAAAAAUUAAACUCGCCAAAGGUUUAGUAGAAUCUGAAACAAUUUAAAAAAUAUCUAAAACAUCACAAUGUGUGUAAUUUCUGACAUUAGGUGUUACUUACAGCCUGAGAGAGAGAGAUGUAGCUGUGUUUAAUAGGGAUAAAGUUGGAAUAAAGGUCCGAAAGGAAUAAUAAAGGAAUUAAAUCUUAACAUAGUUUCUUUUGUUUUACACUAAAGCUACAAGGAUAACGUGGAACACGUUAAGGAGGUGAAUAUCAUUUAUAAAAAAAAAAAAAAAAAAAGACAUGAAACAGCACGUCACAUAUAUUAAUAUUCAGUAAUAUUUCCUGUUCUUCUUCUCGAGGUCAUUUUUGUCCUGUAUCUUACAUUAC